AUGGCCACUGCUGAGAAUUGGCUUAUUCGGCCUGAAGUAUUGUCCAUACUCAAAAGAAACUGCUCCCAAGCCUUAAAAGAAGAACACCUUUCAUACGCCAAUGGUCUAGGAGGAACUCCCGAACUUCUAGAGAGCCUCUCAACAUUCUUCAAUCAUUUCUUCUCGCCCAUGGUACCGGUACGACCGGAACAUAUUGUAACUGGACCUGGCUGUAGCACGGUCUUGGAUACGCUAAUUCAUGAUAUAUGCGAUAUGGGCGAUGGCCUCCUUGUAACAGCUCCUAUGUGGGGAAGCUUUCAAAUAUCGGCGGUUAUGAGAAAUUCUGUUCAAUUGAUACCGGUUUAUGUUCCUUUUGAACAGUCUCAAAGCGCAAGUGACAUAGUCCAAGCCUAUAGAUCAGCAGCACAAGAGGCUUCAUGCAAGGCGAUAGAUGGUUUGCUACAAUAUUGCCAAGAGGCCGAUUUGCACUUUAUUUCUGACGAGAUCUACGCACUCUCAACAUUUGGAGACCGAGAAUUUACUUCGGUUUUGUCAAGAAAUUUGGACGCCCUGUGCGUCGAAAGGUCAAGAGUUCAUGUCCUUUAUAGCAUCAGCAAAGAUUUCGGCUGCAGUGGCAUUAGACUAGGAUGCCUGGUCAGCCAAGCGAAUAAGGCAUUACGAAUGUCGCAGGCUAUUUUGAACAAUGCAAAGCUUUGCAACGCUGCCACCGUCAUGAUCUCACCAAUGCUUUCCAAUACAUCGGAAAUGGAAAAGAUCGUGGACCUCAAUACAAAGAGGUUAUAUCGAGCUGUUCAAAUAGCUAUCCAGUUUGCCGAGUUUCAUCAACUGGAAUAUUACAAGCCAGUAGCUGGAUUGUACAUCUGGCUAAGAUUAUCAGCAGAAUGUACUACUUUUGAUGACGAAGAGGCUCUCGUUCAUCGAUGUGCUCAGCUCGGAGUGUUCGUUGGCAGUGGUGCGGAUUACGCCGAGCUCCAGCCGGGCUGGUUCCGGCUGACUUUUGCAAUUCCAGAAGACAAAUUACUGCAGGGAUUGCGGCGUAUUGAAGAAGCAGUUGGAUUUAAAGUAGUAUUUACCACUGACUCGAGUGUUCAAAGCUGGGCUACGGUAUGCGCUAAGUGGUGGAGAGGAAUACGAGGGUAG